GCUCGUCCCCCCAACAGUACUUGUAGCUAUGGAAACUCGUCGAUGGCAACAUCCACCAGUCUGCUCUGCCUCCAUCCUCACAACGCCACCUCUCUGAGGUGCUGCUGACUCUGCUGCUGCGAGCCCGUAAAUUAGACGCUGCAAGAUGGCGAUUGUGCGACUCGUGGCUUGUUUUGUUCUUUACGCCAGCUUAGGUCACAUCCCAUCAUCUCUUGGGGUAAUCCUCCGAACCACAGACAAGAUUGUGUGGGCAAAUGAGUUUGAGCCCAUUGAGCUGACCUGUUUAAUAGAGUCCAUCUCGACAAACAACCCAAGGAUUGAGUGGAAAAAGAUUAAGAAUGGUGUUCCCAGCUAUGUGUACUUUCAAAAUAGGAUAUCAGGGGACUUGGAGCACAGAGCUCAGCUCAGAGAGCCGGCCAACAUCCUGAUCUUCAACACCACCCGAUCAGACACUGCAGAGUACCGCUGCGAGGUGGCCGCCAUCGAUGAUCAAAGGGACUUUGAUGAAAUACUUAUUAGUCUUGCAGUAAGAGUGAAGCCUGUGGUGCCACGGUGCAGCGUGCCAGAGGCCGUCACAGUUGGAACAUCAACAGAACUGCGAUGUCUGGAGAACGAGGGAUUCCCUGCUCCCCAGUACCGCUGGUUCCACAACAAUGAGGAGCUUCCUCAGGACCCUAAAAUCAGCCCGAAGCUGGUCAACUCAUCUUACAGCAUCAACCCCGACACCGGAGGACUGAAAUUUCGAAGAGUGAGGAAGGAGGACGCAGGGGAGUACUACUGCCAGGCAAAGAACGAUGCAGGGCACGCACAGUGUCCCCCACAAAUGAUGGAAGUCUAUGACGUGGACAUCCUUGGGAUUUUCCUCAAGUCGUUUGGCGCAGUGAUUGUUUUCUUCUGUUUGGCUGCUUCCAUUUGUCAUUCCCUGAGACGUGGCUGCUUCUCCAAAAAAGGUCACAAUGAAAAUAAUUACAACUGGCCAGCACAGACUGAUGGUGUUGAAUAUGGUGAUGCAGAUGAGGGUCAUUUUCGCCACAAGUCUUCAUUCAUCAUUUGACAGCUGAGACAAACAAAAAGCAAAAAAAAAAAAAACAAGAACUGUUGAGGUUAACUUGCUACAACGAUCCUCCAGACGGUAAAGUUUGAGGUGUAACAUGGCACAUUCUUCUCUGAUGCACAUAAAAAUCAAAUCAACCAACUUGCCAAAGUAAUUUUAGUAUCAUUUUGUGGCACUGUUUCAUGUUUUUUAUAACGUAAGAGCGUUUUUUAUUUUGGUCUCUGUCAGUAUAAGUUUCCGGGUAAAUUAUUGUUUUGAUUUUUACUCGUUACUUGGUUCAUUUUCGUUUAUGUCACGUUUAUUACACAACAGAACCAUUACAAAGCUGUGGAAUUUGAUAUUUGGUCCAUGGUGUCAUCGCAAAGGACGCUGGAAGCCACAUUCCUUCACGAUUUUUUGGACAAAAUCCUCUUUUGUAACUCUGAAACUUUUUACUGAGUACACUGAAAUUGUUUUACAAAGGUACUUUAACAUUGUCUUUGUUCAUAAGAUAAACAUAUUCUUUAUUUUGUUUCAUGUGGGGAAGAGUUGAAACUUGUUUUUGUACAUACUGUAGUUAUACAGGCAAUAAGCAGCAGACUGUAAGAGGCUGCUGAGCUCAGACUCAUAAGGCACAAUUUAUCAGCCUUUGUUAUAUUUACAGAUGAUAACAAGUAUGUAUGAGUAACCUGUGAAUUCGAACAACAUAUAUCCCACUAUGCUGCAAAGUCAAUAUGUACUAUAAAGGUGGUGAAGUAUGAUUUUUAGAGUGCUGUUUCUGUGUCUAAGUGACCUUCUGUGCUUUACUAAUUAUUUUGAGUAUUGGACAUAUUGUCCAGUUUUGACUCAGUAUUUAAUGUACAGAGAUACAUACAUUUUUUGAUCUUUUGAUUUUCAUACAUUGCACACCCAUACCUUAUUGUAAAUAUGCAAUAAAACUGUCGUUGGAAAUAAAUUUACAGUAUUUACCGUUGUGUGUGUUUCUGCAGUGUUGAGGCUGUCAUUUCAAACAUGAGUGUCAAUGAUUUGUGUAACAACUCAGGAACUGUUGUAAAAUGUCCACUGUUCAUUUGAUAUUACUGUUA